AUGUCCACUCCUCGAAGAAGUAUCCGACCUAGAACAGCUAUUUCUCAAAGCGCUACUCUUACUCCCGCUCCAAAUUAUUUUAAUAUAAAAAUAAGUGCUAAUUAGUUUAAUGAAAUAUCUAGCUAGUUCUGUUUAAUUUUGAACAACUUGCAUUUAAAUCAUAAAUUUUACAAAUUUAAAUUAAUAUUUGCUUUCUAGUUUUGCGAAUUGGGAUUUUGAAAAAAAUUAACUAAAUUAUUUUAAAAUAAUUAACCCCCAGUGAGCGAACGAAAUUUUUUAUUCGCUAUAGGAGAGUUAGGUGAAAAAAUAGAAGUUUUUCUCCCCAAAACUCUCAUCUUGCAAAAAAUUCAAAUAUUCGCCAAGUUCGAAAUCUCUUGAUUACACAAAAUCCAAAUGACUUUAUUGACACACAAACUAUCGGAAGGUUUCAAUGCCCCUUUACGGCUAAAAGUACAAAUACAUCAGAAGCUUCUGACCAGCUAAAUAUCCUUAAAAAAAGAUUUAACUUCUUUAGAAAUUCUUGAACAAAAGAAGAAACUCAAAAAGAAACAUUAGGAAAAGAAUUAUGACAGCUUGAGCAGCAAGAAGCUAUUAUAGGAAGCAGAGCAGAGUCAUUAAAUUCAAAAUUAAAAUACCUAGAAGAAAAUCUAACGAAAACCAAGCUGGAACAAGAAAAAUCAGAAAAUGACCAAAUGGUGAAUUUAACUAUUUUGGAACGAACAAAGCAAAAUUUGAUCCAUUUAGAGAUAAAAGCAAAUAGUCUAAGAGAGGAUCUAAAAAAUAAGGCAUCCCUGCUUGAUGAUGAACACAGAAAGAAUUUAACCUCCAGAGAAAAAAAGAAAAGAUCUAUCAAUGUGUAUAAAAAGCUGAACAAUUCAGUAGAGUAUGAAAUUAAAGAAAAAACACAAAUUGUAUCUGCAAUGAACAGAGAUUUUAAAUCUCGCCAAAAAGCUAUUGGCAAGAGAGAAGACAGAAAGAAAAGACAUGCAGAAAUCUCUGAAGCUGCUGAAAAUGAAGAAAAAGAUUUAAAGCUGAAUAAAAGCAGAGAAGGAUUCUUAGCCCAUAGGCUAUGGGCUCGGUUUUUGAUCCAGAAAUUUGAGAAAUCUACAAAGAAUUCAAGUCAAUACGAAACAGCUUUUCAUAAGAUAAGAGCAGCCACAGGACUUAACGAUAUAAACCAAGUUAUUGACAAAUUUUUAACAAGCGAGCACUCUUAUGCGGAAUUGAUGAAAUCUGUGUACAAUCUAAAAACCAAAAUCACUGAAACUAAAGAAAAAAACACAAAAUUGGAAAGCGACCUAAAGUCUUUUGGGAUUGCUGAAAAAGGUUUAAAAGCGAGCAAUAAAGAAGAAUUGGAAAAUAAAAUAAAUGGACUUUUGAAAGAAAAUGAAAAUUUAAAGCUUAGGCUUAAUGAGUUCGUAAUGAACAAAACUCAAGUGCUACAGUGAGGAAGAAAAAUGCUUACAAAACUAAAUUCGGGCUUUGGCACUUAUAACCAAUAUGAGGAUGGGCCAUUUUCUCAAAGCGAGCACAUUUCAAAUUUGCGAGAAAUCUUUAUAACACUGAGGGAAAAAAUUAUUCCUUUUAUACUUUCAGUGAAAGAAAAAAGCGAGCCUGGACAAGAAAUAAAAAAUAAAUCACUACAUCAGAAUGUAUAUGAAGCCAUUUAUGAAAUUCCUGAUAAGGAUAAAGAAAGAUUUAUGAAGAUCAAAAGAAUUUUAACGAAAUUAACGACUUCAAAUAGCGAAAUUGAAGCAGGCUCUUGGGAUUUCAAAGAGACUGAGCCAGCUGAUGCAACCCCUAAGGUAGGCCAAACUGAGAUAUUAUUGGUUGGAGAAAAAAGUAAAUGGAGAAGACGCAGCACAAUAAAGCAGGCUUAA